GAAAUGAUUAAUUUAUUUAAAUCUGACUUUGAAAGACAUCUAUAAUAAAGUUCAAUACUCAACAAUGCUGCUUAAUUAAAUGUGACAGAUCUAAAAUACUUAAUGAAAGGAUUCUAAGAAUAACUAACUCCAAUUUCAAUACGAACUAUAUUUAAGAAGUUUUUUAAUGCACUUCCAUAAAAAGCAUCUUAUAGAGUCAAAUUAAAGAUUUUGGCUGCAUGUCAUGUAUUAUUAGAUGAUCUUAUGCAUGGUGCUAUAUUUGCAGAGCAUCUCAAUGAUUGGGAUGGUUUUAUAGAUUUCUCUAAUUAAAAUGAAGAUAAAUUUGUAGAUUUCUAUUUUCAAGUCUUACAAAGAUUUGCUAAUAGUAUCUCACUAAUCAAAAUGGUCAAAAGUUAAAAAACCUAUACAAUCAAAUGUAUUAUAAUUCAAUUAACCUAGAGUUUGAAGAAUAUUAAAAUAUGUAUUAUAAAGCUAUAAACCUGUUAAAUUUUAUAUUUUGUCAAACUCCAUUAUGUAAAGAGAUUUUAUCAUCAAACAAAGAAGAUAUUAUUUAUGAAUUAUUAUUACUUUUAUGGAAUGAUGUUAUUGCAUUAUAUCUUUUUCUAGAAAAGUAAUUUUAAUAUUAAACUUUAUAGAUUAAUUAAAGAGUUUGAGUUAGAAUAUUUUUCACUUUAAACUCAAGUUUUCUUUUAAAUUUAUUAAUUGCUUCCUGAUAUAUAAAAAGUAUAACAUUCUAUUAAAGAAUUCUAUUUUUUACAUUAUUACCAUAAAGAUGAUAAACAUAUUAAAGAACAUUAUUGGAAAGAAAUAAGUGAAAAAAAAUUAGAGGAAAUUCAUAAAUAUAAUUAAAUUGUUAAAAUUUCUACAACUCGACAUAAAUUGUAAUAGCAAGCAAGAAGAAAACAUAUAGCUCUUACACCAUAAAAUAACUGUUAAUAAUAGUAUUUUUCUAAUACCACACUUGGUUAUCUAAAAAGGCUCUCCACUUCUGAAGAUCCAUUUGAAAAUAGUGUAUAAGAUAAUUUUGGUUAUCAAUUCACUUAACAGUGA